GGCUGGAGCCGCGGAGCCGGCGCUGAGAGCGGCUGCGGCCGGAGCGGGCGACCGAGACAAAGGCGACGACAGAGGCAGUUGUAAGUUUUUGAGUGAAACUUUGAACCCAAAUGAGAAGAAACCUUCAAGGAACAACUUGUGCUGACGGUAAUGGAUCUUCUGCUUGCAUUUCUCUCUUCCUCAAUUCCGACUUUGAAUUUCUCAAUCAAAAUUAGCUGGUUGCAGAGGGAGCAUAGCGAAGCAUGAAAGCCAGCAGUCUCUAUUCCGGUCUGUGCAGUGGUCACCCAGUGCUUGGUGUUCUAUGCACAUGAGAUUUCCCGUUACAUGCCCAGAGUCCAGACAACACUUUUUAUACCUUUCUUGUGGGUCAGAAACAAUUCUCUUUAGAAUCAGAAAAGAAGAAGGGAAGCCAUCCGACCUUUUCUUUAUGAAAUUGACGGUGUCAGACACCUGGUAUCCAGGCCUUCAUACAGAGAAGUAUUAAGAUUCUUAUUCUGGCAUCCUUGAACAUUUUAUCGCAUUGAGAGCUUGCUUUGUGAAGCGUCACUGGUCAAGAUUUGGAAGCUUCAUUGGUGCUCACUUCUACCUUGGACUGUAAGCAUGAGUGAAUUCUGGUUGUGCUUCAACUGCUGUAUUGCAGAACAGCCUCAGCCUAAAAGACGCCGACGGAUUGAUCGAAGUAUGAUUGGAGAGCCAACCAACUUCGUACACACAGCUCAUGUAGGCUCAGGAGACCUGUUCAGUGGGAUGAAUUCAGUUAGCUCCAUUCAAAACCAGAUGCAGUCCAAGGGCGGCUACGGGGGCGGGAUGUCAGCUAACGUGCAGAUGCAGCUCGUGGACACGAAGGCAGGAUAGCCCUGGGGACCUCCUCGAAAUGUGAUGGCGUCUUGUUCAGCCUGUUGUGAUUACUCCAGUGAGAUGUUACUGUUCUGCUCCGAAGAAGCUAUUGUCAGACGAAUCCUGCAUUUCCUUCAGCCGGCAUGCAUGCCUCUGGACUUAUGGACAGAGUUCUUUGGGUUGUGGCUUACUUUUUUAUCAAUAUGGAUCUGAUCUUAGCAUGACCUUUUUUCGUGAACGCUCACAUUGUUUCGCAUUUCCCCCCAUUUUAAACAGUUCUCUUUGCACCUCCAGCCUUAUGGUUUUAUUGGUAAGCAAGGACUUACUUGUCACCACUUAUAUUUCAGGAGGUAUGAGAUUCACAAGCACAAUAAUCAUUUUUAUUCAUUUAAAACUUCAGCAGAGUAGGUAUUCUGCAUGCUUUUUCAAGUUGGUUUCUAUGAAAGCCCAUGGGAUGCAGCAAUGAUUUCUGUGUUUCCCUGGGCUGAUGAUACUGCUGCUAUUAGAGAAAGUUUAGCUGUGGCGCCACAUCACUUUCACAGAAAAAGAUGACUUGUAGCUAACUCUUAGAAAUAUGACUUUUGCUGUUAGAAUUACAAUAAGAGAAAAGCUUGCACUCAUUCUGUUGUAAAUGUUCACUAUUUAUUUUGAGCAAGACCUGUGAUUAUCAGCAGAUAGACUUAUGUAUUAUACUUUGAUUUUGACCAUCAUCAUCAUCUUAGUAGCCAUCAAUCUCUUUGUGUACUCACUCUGUUUUGUUACCCAGAUAUUUCCAGGAGCAGGUUGUUGAGAAUCUGGCUUAUACUACUAACUGCAGAAUCACUGGUGUUACUGCCAGUGAAAUAACCUGUAUGGUGUGAUGUUUUAUGGUAUUUGUGAGAAACCUUCACUCAGGUUCCAGAAUAUGUAUUCACAGGUUGCAUUUCAGAUAUUUCUGUUUCUUCCCUACUUGAGUGUAAAGACUUUCGUCUCUUUCUUCCCACCCCUAGUCCCAGGUUCCUGUGCAGGAGGCAGUUGAAA